AUGUCUGGAGCCCUGAAUGUCUUGCAAAUGGAGGAGGAAGAUGUCCUCAAAUUUCUCACUGCAGGAACCCAUUUGGGUGGCACUAAUUUGGAUUUCAAGAUGGAACAAUAUAUCUACAAAAGGAAGAGUGAUGGCAUCUACAUCAUCAAUUUGAAGAGAACUUGGGAAAAGCUUCUGCUCGCUGCUCACUCCAUUGUCGCCAUUGUCACCAUUGUGAAUCCUGCUAAUAUUAGUGUCAUCUCAUCUAGGAACACUAGCCAGCAAGCUGUUCUGAAAUUUGCUGCUUCCACUGGUGCUACACCUAUUGCUGGAUGCUUCAUCCCGAGCACCUUCACUAAUCAGAUUCAGGCAGCUUUCAGGGAACCUCGCCUCUUGAUAGUUACUGAUCCUCAGGCAGAUCACCAGCCUCUGACUGAAGCAUAUUAUGUUAACCUCCCAACCAUUGCACUGUGCAAAACAUAUUCCCCACUUUGCUAUAUGGAUUUUGCCAUUAAUAUAUCAUUAAUAUGA